CGGGGAAUAUGGCACCUCAGAGGAAUACAGCCGCAGAGUAAUAUUUCUGGGAUGGUGUAAGAUAUUUCGUCAACAGUGGAAGGCAGCCACAAGAGCCAGGCAGUCUUGCUGGUGAAACACUUCCAUAACUCACAUCCCAUGUGAAUCUGUCUCAGCUUGUGGGAGAAAAGGGAGGGAGCCAGCUGAACAGGGAGGAGAGGAAAGAAACAAAUGUGACGUGUGAGAGGAGUUCCUGCUCUUGUUUCGGGCAGUAUAGUUUAGAGGGAAGGAGAAGGACUCGUGCAGAGGCGUUCAUCUGCUUUGACCUGCCUCGGCCAAGAUGAAUUGAUGGUGUAAACAAGAGGAGCUGUUAGUGUUUUGGUGUGAGUACGUGUGUGCUUUGUCCUCACAGGGGAGUUGGGCGAGAGGGAGGAAAGACGUGGGGAUAGAGACGAAGGCUGAGAGAAAGUGACUGAGGAGGGAGCAGAUAAGUUGUCUUGAUUGUGCUGGCCGUGGUCAAAGGUGGAUAAGAAGGUGCAGUGGAGAAGUCAGUCUGACCCAGGAGGAGGAGCACUACCCUAAAGGGGAGACCACCACUUCUUCCUUCUUCCAGCAACUACGCGACAGGAUGAGGUAUCAAGGCAGGGAAGUGGAUAUUGAAGGAAGAGUGCGGCUGGUGAUGGAGAGUGCCCUUACUGCUCGGGACAGGUGCGGGGUGCAGGACUUUGUCUUGCUGGAAAACUACAACAGCGAGGCGGCCUUCAUAGAGAACCUGAGGCGGCGCUUCAGAGAAAACCUCAUCUAUACAUACAUUGGCUCAGUGUUGGUGUCGGUGAACCCUUACAAAGAGCUGGAGAUUUACUCCAAGCAGCAGAUGGAGCGUUACAGAGGGGUCAGCUUCUACGAGAUAUCGCCGCACAUCUACGCCCUGUCUGACAACACUUACCGGGCCAUGCGGACAGAGAGAAAGGACCAGUGUAUUCUCAUAUCAGGUGAGAGUGGAGCAGGUAAAACAGAGGCCUCCAAGAAGAUCCUCCUCUACUAUGCGGUCACAUGCCCCACCAACGAUCGCAUGGCUGCCCUCGGUGACCGUCUCCUGCAGUCUAACCCUGUUCUGGAGGCAUUUGGAAACGCCAAAACACUUAGGAAUGACAACUCCAGCCGCUUUGGGAAAUACAUGGAUAUCCAGUUUGACUUUAAGGGGGCACCAGUGGGUGGACACAUCCUAAACUACCUGCUGGAGAAAUCACGUGUAGUGCACCAGAACCACGGUGAGAGGAACUUCCACAUCUUCUACCAGCUCCUGGAUGGUGGGGACGAUGACCUGCUCAACACGCUGGGCCUGGAACGAAACCCCCAGAACUACCGCUACCUGGUCAAGGGCAACUGUCCCAGAGUGAGCUCCAUUAAUGACAAGAAUAAUUGGAAAGUUGUGAUGAAGGCCCUGACUGUCAUUGGCUUCACCAAGGAAGAAGUGCAGAAUUUGCUGAAUAUCAUCGCCAGCGUUCUCCACCUGGGGAACGCCCAGUUUGGGGAAGGGGAGGAAGGAGAAACAUGUAUCACCACUGAGACCCAGAUAUCACACCUUGCUAUGCUGCUGGGUGUUGACGGCCCAGCCCUCAGUGAGGCGCUCACUCACAAGAAACUUACAGCCAAAGGAGAGGAGAUGAUCAGCCCGCUAAAUUUUGAGCAGGCAGUGUCUGCCCGUGAUGCAUUAGCCAAGGCUGUGUACAGUCGUACCUUCACCUGGCUGGUGGAGAAGAUCAACCAGUCACUGGCUCUGAAGGAUGAAAUCUACCACAGCAGCAAAGGCUCCUCAGUCAUAGGGCUUCUAGAUAUCUAUGGCUUUGAGGUCCUGCAGCGCAACAGUUUCGAGCAGUUCUGCAUCAACUACUGCAACGAGAAGCUCCAGCAGCUGUUUAUUGAGCUCACCCUCAGAUCUGAGCAAGACGAGUACGAGACGGAGGGAAUUGCGUGGGAGACAGUGCAAUACUUUGACAACAAGAUCAUUUGCGACCUGAUAGAGGAGAAGCACAAAGGCAUCAUCUCCACCCUGAAUGAGGAGUGUCUGAGGCCUGGAGAAACUUGCGAUGACUCCUUUUUGGAGAAACUAGAGGACACACUUGGCAGCCAUCCACAUUUUGUCACGCACAAGCUGGCCAAUGGAAAAACUCGCAGGGCAAUGAGUAGAGAGGAGUUCAGGCUGCUGCAUUAUGCUGGAGAGGUCAACUACAAUGUCAGUGGUUUCCUAGACAAGAACAAUGAUUUGCUGAACAGGAACCUGAAAGAGGUCAUAUGCCAGUCAGACAACCAAAUCAUGAGUCACUGCUUCCGCAGAGAGGAAGUAAUAGAUCAGAAACGGCCAGAGAUGGCUGCCACUCAGUUUAAAAACAGCCUGAUGAAACUGAUGGAGAUUCUCAUGUCUAAAGAGCCAUCCUACGUGCGCUGUAUAAAACCGAAUGAUGCCAAGCAGCCAGGAAGGUUUGAUGAAGUUCUGGUCAGACACCAGGUGAAGUACCUGGGCCUGAUGGAAAACCUGAGGGUCAGGAGAGCUGGUUUUGCGUAUCGCCGUCGCUUUGAAGCAUUUCUGCAGAGGUACAAACCCCUGUGCCCUGAGACGUGGCCCAACUGGCAUGGUAGACUGGUAGAUGGUGUCUCGACACUGGUCAACCACCUGGGCUACAAAGCAGAAGAGUACAAACUGGGCAGAUCAAAAAUCUUCAUCCGGUUCCCAAAAACACUCUUCACCACUGAGGAUGCUCUGGAAGCCAAAAAGCCUGACAUAGCGUUGACCCUGCAGACGUCGUGGAGAGGCUACAGAGAGAGAUCCAAGUACCACCGCAUCAGACACGCAGUGAUAGUGAUCCAGUCUGAGUGGCGAGGGAUGAAGGCCCGCAGGAGAGCUAAGAGGCGUCGUCAGGCUGCUGAAUUAAUACGCAGGCUCAUAAAAGGCUUCAUCUACCGCCACGAGCAGUACUGCCCUGAAAAUGAGUAUUUCCUGGAUCACGUGCGCCAGUCCUUCCUCAAGAACCUGCGUAAAAACCUGCCCAAGAGCGUUUUGGACAAAAGCUGGCCGACACCUCCUCCCUCCCUUGUUGAGGCCUCCGAAUACCUGCGAAGGCUACAUAUGAGGAACAUGGUCAGCAAGUACUGCAGGAGGGUCCAGCCUGAAUGGAAGAAACAGAUGACACAGAAGGUUGUGGCCAGUGAGAUCUUCAAGGACCAAAAAGAUUGCUACCCUCAGAGUGUUGGAAGGCUGUUUCUGGACUCCAGGCUUGAACGUGAGCAAAUCAGUCUUAAAGUCAUCCAGACUCUCGGCAGCGAGAAAGUACAGUACGGUGUUGCUGUCACAAAGUACGACAGAAGAGGAUUCAAGCCUCGACCUCGCCAGCUACUGCUCACCAACGCCUUUGCCGUGCUGGUGGACCGGACCAAGAUCAAGCAGAGGAUCGACUACGCAGCUCUGAGAGGUAUCUCUGUGAGCUCUCUCAGUGAUGGGAUGUUUGUCCUGCACAUGCCCUGCGAGGAUAACAAACAGAAGACUGACGCGGUGCUGCAGUGCAGCCAUGUGAUCGAGGUGGUGACCAAGCUAGCCGUGAUGGCCGGCAAGACCGACUACGUGAACAUCAGCCCGGGCAGCAUUCGCUUUGCUGUGGCUCGAGGCAAAGAGGGAAUAAUUGAUUUCGUCAGGGGUUCAGAGCUGAAGGUGGCCAAAGGCAAACGAGGACAUCUGCUAGUGACUGCCCCUCGGAUCAACGCCACAUGAAGAAAAACAAACCCGCGAUAAACAGAAACCCUUUUUUUAACUCCUAACUGGAGGAUUUCCACUCAGAAGUUUUCAAUGCUACAUGUUAGUGUGCGGCCGUCCGGAUGACACCACAGCAUACAAAGCAUACUGAUUCAUAUACUGUACAUCAUCGUUAUAACAAGAAUGUCUUCAAUGUUGCAGCAGCUAUUGCUAACCAAGGAUUUUUUUUUUAAAAGAUAGAAAAUUGUGAACAUGAAGUCGUCACUGUUGCACAUGCUUUCUUUUCUUUAUUGUUUGACACACACAACAAUAUUUAUCUAUCAAGUAUAAAAUGUCCUCUGUAAAACACUGUAUAUCUAAAACAAACCACUUUAAAAUAAAUAGCAUGUUAAUAAAUAUGUCAAUAAAUAGCAAAUACAUCUCUGGAAA